GCUCAAUUUGACAUUUUCUGACAAACACAAUUUUUUGUUGUUGUUUUCAAAUUCAUAUUUGAUAUCAUAGAAAUGGAAUCUGAAGAACUUUUAACCCAGGGAGCAGAAGCCCGAGUUUAUAUUGGCAAAUUAAACGACGAAAAAUGCAUCAUAAAAGAAAGAUUUAUCAAAAAAUAUCGCCACCCAGAUCUGGAUAGCACAAUUACUAAACAACGUAUCAAAGCUGAAAACAAUGCCAUUACACGAUGUCUCGCCGCUGGAGUUCUAGCACCAAAAGUUCUUCAAGUCAAUUAUAAUUCCAAGAAAAUCUACAUGGAAUAUUUUGAUAAAGCAAUAACAUGCAAGGAAUAUAUCAAGAAGAUUGUCUCAACUAAAUCUAUCGCUGAAUCGGAAACUAAACUAUCAGAGCUUUGUGUGGCAAUAGGAGUAAUUCUCAGCAAAAUUCAUACUAACAAUAUAAUUCACGGAGAUUUAACAACAUCUAACAUUUUAGUUGAUCCGAAAGUAGAUGACUUCAGUGAGUAUGAAUUGAUUUUAAUUGAUUUUGGGUUGAGUCAAUAUAGCCAGAGUCCUGAGGAUAAGGGGGUCGAUUUGUACGUGUUGGAGAGGGCUUUACUUAGUACACACAGUCAACAGCCUAAGCUUUUUGAAAUUAUUUUGGCAUCAUACCAAAAACAGACGCAAGAUGGUGAAGCGGUUAUAGCAAGAUUUCAAGAAGUGAGGAGACGUGGUCGUAAGCGAAACAUGGUUGGUUAGUAAUAUUAACUUGAACAACUCAACCAACAUUUUGAAUCUUUUGAAUUUACACUACUUGACUUGCGAUUAAUAAAAAAAAUAAAAAGUUUACAA